UCUUAUGGGUAAUGUUUUCAAAAUGGCGGCUAUCUGGUAGUUAUGUCACCUAGGAAAAAGUCUCUGACUUUAGGCAUGUUAUUUUUGACAUUUGCUUCAAAGAAAUGGCUUGAUUGGUGGUCUUAGUGCUGCUAAUUACAAUGUAUUUCCUUAUUGUGUCGAUGUAUGGUGAAUAUACUUUUACUACGAGGAAUUCACAUCGCAACGAGUGCGCUAAGGAACGUGGGAAAACUUUCGUCAUUCACACUGGUUAAAAGAAGAUGGCCGAGCAGGUUAAAGUUAUAAAACUGCACCACAUUGAGUUAUUGUGUAAUGAUAUCCGGCAUAGACUUAGUCAGUUUUGUGAUCGGCUUGGCUUUUUAGUCGUUGCCGAGGCAUCGAAUCCUAACCGAUUCCUCGUACAACGGAACAACGUCCGUCUCGUUCUGACAGAGUGCCCUGGAGUCAAGGACACUGUAAAAGAUAUCGCUCUUGAGGUAGAAAACGUUUCCUACGCUACAGAGAUUGUUGCAGUAAAUGGAGGUACUGUUCUGGAAUUCACCAAAGUUUGUGACGAUUGUUAUGGUACUGUUACGUCAUCUAUGAUCAGAAGCCCGUGUGGGAAUGUCUGCCAUUCACUGCUCAAUACGACAAAGUAUACCGGUUUAUUUCUUCCAGAAUUCAAGAGAUCACCAACACAAACUUAUUGUCAGUUAAACUUUAAUUUUACCAAGGCUAACAAUGUGAUAACCCACGUCGACCAUGUUGCUAUUGCAUGUGAGAAGGGCUCAAUGCUUGAAAUUAUUGACUGGUAUGUAAAGUGCCUUGGCUUUAAAAGAUUUUGUUUGAAUAGUAGUGAAGAAAGUGAUGGUUUUACCAUUGAGAGUCCAGUCAACAGUGCCAGCGUUGGAUUGAAACUCACCGCUAUGGAGUACUGGAGAUGCAAUGAAAUUGGUAUUGAGUCCAAUAAGGAUAGUCAUCUUGAUGGUGCUGUGAAGUUCGUACUGGCUGAGGCAUUACCUGGACAAGGUUCUAAUCAAAUUGAGACAUUUCUGCAUGCACAUGGUGGACCAGGUGUACAACACAUUGGACUUCACACUUCAGAUAUAGCAAGAGCCGUGGAUGAGUGGACAAAAGCUGGUGUGAGCAUUAUACCACAGCCAAGAGAAUACUAUAAUCAGGUUGAAAAAAUAAAGGAAAUUGAGCAAGCUGGCAAGUCUGUAAACUCUCUCAUGGAACACAAUAUAUUGUUAGAUGCUGAGAGCAUUGAUCAUAAGUCUGAAAACAAUCAAGCUCCCACAGACAACUCAGUUUAUUUGAUGCAGGUGUUCACCAAACCUCUGUUUGAUCAAGAUACUUUCUUCAUGGAGCUGAUACAGAGGCAUGGAGCCACAGGUUUUGGUGCUGGAAACAUUCAAGCACUUUGGAAAGCUCUAGAUGCCCAUCACAAGGCCCUAAUCAAGGAAAAUGAAUGCCAAGUUAACAGAUGAUUCAGUUUCUUAUUAACUAUUUUGGGUGCAUCUUCUCUGUAAUUAUAGCUCAUUAGGUUGUAAUCUGUAUAGAGUUGAACUAAUAUUAUGCAGAUGAUAGGAAACCAGUAAGUACAAAUAUUGUUUGGUUUCUAUCAGUUAAUUUUUUAAUAUUUUUUCAUUCCUAAAAAAUUGUAACAUAACUUUUUAUAUAAGCUUUUAACAUUCUUUUUCCCAGGAAAUUUAACACUCAUUGCACACAAGUUGAACUCCUAUAAACUAGAGCAGACUGGCACUUCAAUUGAAUAAAAGCUUUGACUUUUUAUGUCCAAACUUUCUCAUUAUACUGUAUGAGAGGCCAAAGAGCACUGUGUGGUGCAAAGAUAGGAUAUCAGGGAAUUGUUAAUCAAGUGCAAUAAUAGUUAUUGAAACAAAUAAAAUCUUUAUCAAAUCUAA